AUGAAAUUUACAGAGAAGCCAGAGCAGCUUUCACGGCUGCCUACACUCGCUGAGGUACUCUCUAGAAAGACACGCCCACCAGUGGAUCUCUUCUGUUUGUAUCUCUUCCUCCAACGCGAGGGUUCUGAGGACGCCUUGGACUUCUGGCUCGACACACAACAGCACGAGAACCUAUGUAGAGCCUACUUUAAAGAUAUCAGCAAAUCAGGAAGAUCAUUGCAAGAUGUUUGGCCUGAAUAUCUCAGCAGUGCACGUUUAGCUGUAUCCCCUGACAAUUCAGAACAAGACAGAUUAACUCCCUCUCCAAUAGCCAACUCUCAGUCGAAAUCUGUAAAUUCUAUGAACUCAAGCUCAGGCACUCAGGAGAAUCCUAUACCACUCGACAAUUUCUUACGUGACACUUCCAACAGACAGAAUCUGUCGACUUCAGAUUUUGAACCUGACAGACCAUCAACUAGGUUGUCCACCAAGCGCAAGAGCGCACAGAGAGCACCAACUACUAUACCACGCAAUGCAGUCAUCAGUCAUGCCGAUCUAUUCGACUCUGCUGAACGCAUUUAUUACAGAUAUCUUGCUCCGGGAAGUGACAAAGAGAUCUAUCUUCCUCCAGCUCUAAGAAUUGACUCGUUCGGUCAUCAAACACCAUUGACAGAUAUACCAGACUUGUUUUACCCACAGAAGGAGUACAUUUUUAGGGCACUUGAAGGUGGAGUUUUCCCUAGGUUCUUGCGUGCGAAAGGCUUUGGUAACUUGACACCAAUGUCGUCCUUAAUCAGACUCGGAUUAGGGCUUUUUCUGCUUUGGUUCGCUUUUUCACUUGGUUUCUGUUUCAUUUUUCUUGAUCACAAGCCUCAGAAAACACGUGUUUGGGUUCUUCUACCUUUUAUUAUAUCACUAUUCCUUCUUUGGUCAUUCCAAUACAAUUUAGAUCCUCUUCUGGUUUUGUUCAAUAAGAGCGAGACAACUCCUUUCAGAACAAUUAACAUAGAAGAAUCAUAUAUCAAGAAGUUGCUUGUUAUGCGCUCUGUUUACGGUGUUGAUUAUACUAUCAACCGCAAUACUAACUAUAAUAUUUACGCUACGAUGUUGAAUCCAAAUACUCUCGGUAGAUUAGGCAGUCCAUGGGGUAGAAAUCCUAGAACUUCUGAUGUUCUAUCCUCUUAUAUCAAUAUGGCAUGUGAACCGACGCUAUUGGAACCAAAUCAAUCACUAGAAAUGGAAAUAGCUGAUUAUAUAAAUACAAAGAAAUCUAAUUGCCCACGAGAAGCAGCGUUCGAAAUAUUGAGGCAUGUCAAUCAGGGAAGCCCUAGAUCAGCUUUAUUAGGCCUUCAUCUGCUCGAUGUACUCGUCAAGAACUGUGGUUACCCAUUCCACCUCCAAAUUGCGACUAAAGAUUUCCUUAACGAGCUCGUGCGUAGGUUCCCUGAGCGCCCACCGGCUUAUCCAGGUCCUAUCAUGGGUAGAACACUAGAACUUAUCAAUGAAUGGAAGAAUGGUAUCGCUACGACAUCAAAACAUAAGGAAGACCUCGUUCAUAUUAGGGAUAUGUGGAGGUUAUUAGGAUACAAAGGAUAUAGGUUCCCAGAGUUGAGCAGGAACGCCGCUAUUUCAGUUGCAACAGAUAACCUUAAAUCCCCGGAGGAAUUAGAAGAGGAGGACAGAGAAGCGCAAUCUGCCAAACUCCAAGAACUUAUUAGACGUGGUACUCCGAGGGACCUCGCUGCUGCUCAAGAUCUUAUGAAAAAGCUUUCUGGAUUUGACGAGCGCAAACCAGAUUACCGAGCACAAACAAUAAAAGAGUUGGAGAAAGUACAGCACAAGGCGAUACUUCUCAAUGAUAUGCUCGACCAAGCUGCACAUACUCAAGAAAAGCUUGUACGUGGUGACGCCUAUGAUCAAGUGUCAUCACUUUGCAAACAAGCAAGCCCCAAGUUACAAAAAUGGAUCUCUGAGGCUUCUGAAUCAGAAUCUGACUUGUUGGAGCGUUUGCUACAAAUCAACGACUUGAUCAACAAUGUUCUGAAUAGAUAUAAUGCUUUCAAGAAUGGUGACUAUAAUGCUACAUUCGAGAUGAAUGAAAACUUCCAAUCGAAGGGAAUGACCUCUAGGUCCUCAAAUAGAAAUGAUGCAGGCCAGAACCUGAUAGAUUUCGAUGAUCCUCUGCAACACGAACAUAUUGAGCGAGAGAAUGAACAGGAUAGUGGUGUACAGCUCACGCAAAAUGCUACCGAUCUUCCAAUUGACUUAUUCUCUGCUCCAUCGCCAGGUCCUUCAACUACAGCAGAGGCACAGGUACCAGCAAUGCAAUCACCAACACCUGCAAACAAUCUUAGCUCAAAUGAAGCUUUGAAGAGUCUUUACGCGAUGGGACCAUCGAUAAAUACUCCCGUCAGUUAUUCCCAACCAUUUACACCUAGCGCACAAACUCCUAUUACGCCUGGUGUUAGCACACCAAAUGUCAUUAAUACCACCACACCUCCCGUUCAACAGUCAGCUUCACAGCAACCUCAGCAAUCUCAACAGCCUCAGCAAAAGUCUCCAUUUGAAGAUCUGGUUGACCUGAUGAAAUAA